CUCUCGGGCCGCUCCCUCUCCGCCCUUCGCUAGGGAGCGGCCGGCUCCGGGCGAGUCCUCCGAGGAAGCCGCAGGUCGGGGCUGCCCCGGCCGCCCUGCGCCCGCAGCCGCGCGCCCGCCCGACCCCGGCCGCCCGAGCCUAAACUUUGACCCGCCCGGUGCCCGCCGCCGGCGCCUCCUCCCGCGGAGGGCACGGACGGGGCAUGGCCAGGGGCUCCGGGGGCCCAGCGGACUGUCCCCGGCGCAGCGCGGCGCCGCCCUCGUAGCACCCCGCUCUGACCUCCCGCGCUGCGGCGCCGAGCCCGGCGGGAGCCCAGGCGGCCCCCGGAGGCGAGGGAGGCGGCGGCGGCCGGGAUCCGGGGUCCGGUCCGCAUGGCCGCGGAGCUCGCCCGCUGCUCCCGGAGCCCCGGGCGGCUCUGAGCCGCGGCGCCGCGGACGUCGCCCGCCCGGGCCGCGGAGGGGAGGGACCCCAGCAGCAGCGGCGGUGACGGCGGCCGACCCUCCGCCCCGCGAUGUGGCCAGCCGGCGCGGGCACCAAGCCGCCCUGUCCGCGGGACUCCGCGCUCCGGAGGGCGGCGUUCUCCGGGAAUCUCGCGGCUCUGCCUUCUCACCUCGUACCCGCCGGCCGCAGCGUCCGGGUCUUCAUCAGCGCCAACCCUGAAGACACAGGAGCAGAACGGCAGGCACUAAGAGAAACUGUGUAUCCCAAACUGCGAGAAUUCUGCAGAGAAAACUAUGGGUUGGAAUUCCAGGUCAUAGAUCUGUACUGGGGAGUUCGCGAAGAGGAAUGGGACAGCCCCGAGCUGCACAAGAUGCGCAUGAAGCUGCUGGAAGAGUGCUUGAGAACUUCUGCAGGUCCAUGCUUUGUUGGACUUUUAGGUGAAAAAUAUGGGAAUAUUCGAAUCCCUGGGGAAGUUGAAGCCUCGGAGUUUGAAAUGAUUUUGGAUGCUGCUGUAGAGGCAAAAUUAGAGACCAAGUUGCUGGAAGAGUGGUUCUGUCGGGACGAGAACUCUGUGCCGGCGGCCUAUUACCUCAGACCCAGGCCAGAGGGGCCGGGAGGCAGCAAGAACUCAACACAGCCUUCUGCCAGUACUGAAAACGAGAGGCCAUGGCAAGAAAUAUCGGAUGAAAUCAAAACAAUAUUCAAAGCUGCUGUCAAACUGCUGCAUGAACAGGGUAAAAUGAAACACAGCCAGGCUAAGAGGUACCUGUUCUCAGCUAUUGAGGAUGAGUUUGACUUUGCUCUAGGCAAGCAAACGCCAGCGUUCCUGAAGAAGUGUGUGUGCUACAUCAGAAAGAUUGCUAACAUUGAACGCUUCGUGAAAAUCCCAGAGAUGGGAAAAUACAUGGACGUAACCGGAACAGACCCAAGAAUCAUCCGUGACCCAGAAGCUCAAGAGAAGCUGAUCAAACUCAGGGAUGAAUUCAUUCCUACCAUUGUCGCAUCCUCUAAUCUGAGGGUGUACACGUCUGUCACUCACUGUGACAUGAAGCUGGGCUACUCCCAGGAGAUAGAAAAUCAUUACAUAGAAGGACUUGGUAAGCAGUUUUAUGAGGACAUGAUUGACAUAAUUCAGGCUACAGUGCAGCAGAAUUUUGACACAGAGACUGAUACGCUGUACGAUGAAAUCCUGCAGCACUCCUCGCUGUGUAAAACAUUUGCCUCCUUCUAUGAAUACAAAUGUGAAUCGCUAAACAUCUUGCAUAAAUACAUCCUUCCAAGCAAAACCGGGCACGUCAGCCCUCUGGUUGUGUACGGUGGGCCAUGCACUGGGAAGACUCUGCUGCUGGCUGAAGUAGCAAAAAAGGCUUACGGCUGGCUCCAUGAAGACACAGGACCAGACUCUGACCCAGUUGUCAUUGUGAGAUUUCUAGGGACGACAGACAUGAGCACCGAUCUGAGGACACUCCUUCUAAGUGUCUGUGAACAAUUGGCAGUCAACUACCGGUGUCUGGUUCAAAGCUAUCCCAAGAAGAUCCAUGACCUCCGUGACUUAUUUAUAAACCUGUUGAACGAGUCUUCCCUGCAGAGACCUCUGGUGAUCAUAUUUGACGCCCUGGAGCAGCUCUCAGAAAAUGACGACGCUCGGAAGCUCUGGUGGCUACCGGCCCACCUUCCCCGGUUCGUGCGGAUCGCGCUCUCCACGCUGCCUAACAAGCAUGGGAUCCUGCAGAAACUCAAGUGCCUUAUCCACGAAGAGGACAACUACAUUGAGCUGAUCCCUCGGGACAGAAAGAUGUGCAGUCAGGUCCUCAAGCACCAGCUGCUGAGGGUCAAGAGGAAGGUCACGUCAGGCCAGCAGAUCUACGUCAACAACGCAUUCUCCAAGUGCACGCUGCCCAUGUUUGUGAACCUGACCUUCAGGGAGGUGAGGCACUGGCGAUCUCACAAGGACGUUGACGAGUCCUCCCUCUGUGUGACUGUCCAUGAAAGCAUAGAGCAGUUGUUCUGGUCCUUGGAGAAGAGGUGUGGGCAGAAACUGGUCUCCAGAGCGCUGGGUUAUAUCACCAUGGCCAAAGUGGGUUUGAGUGAGAUGGAACUGGAGGAUGUUCUAGCUCUGGACAACAGCGUUAUGAAUGAGCUCAGUGAGAACGCCAGACCCAGCAACCCUCUGAGGGUGCCUUACUUGUACAUUGCUAGGCUUAAGGAGGGCCUCAGUGGAUACUUAAUAGAAAGACACGUGAAGAACGUCACACUCCUAGUCUGGGCCAACAGACACCUGCAGCUCAUAGCUCAGAAGCUGUAUCUGCAGGAGGAAAGCAGCCUUCGUGAGAUGCACACAAUCCUGGCGGAUUAUUUUCUAGGGGUGUGGUCAGGAGGCAGGAGGAAAGCUUUCUGCCUGGAAGACGCCUACUUGAACGGCUGCCUGGACUUAGAGAACAGAAGUCUGCUUGAGGAAGAAAAGCACUUCAUGGAACAAGCGUCCUUCGACAGGCAGGCUCCCGAGCAGCCAUGGGUUUUCCAGUGUAACCCGCUGGAGCCUGACAUCUUUUUUGUCAAUCACCGGAAGAUGUCUGAGCUCUUGUAUCACCUGACAAGGUGUGGGAAAACCGAUGACCUGCUUUACGGAAUCAUCAUGAACUUCAGCUGGCUUUACACCAUGAUCAAAAUUGGCCAGUUUGACAAAGUGCUCGCAGACAUAGAACUGGCUUACAACUACUCACAAGAAAAGGAGCUGAAGUUCCUGGCCAGCACGCUCCGAGGCAUCAGAAACAAGGUCAUCGCGUUCCCAGGCUCCCUUUCGGCAGAGCUUCAGCAAAGGCUGCUGCCUGUGGUGAGCUCGCUGCCCAAACUUAGACACCUUCUCUUAGAAUGUGACAAAGAUGGACCCAAAUACUGCUCCAUUGUUCCUCUUCAUUCAUCCAUGGACGUGACGUACAGCCCUGAGCGUCUCCCCCUAGCCUCCAGUCAUCUGCACGUCACAGAGAUUCUUCCCACCUGUAACCCUAGCACCGUUCUCACAGCCUUAGAAAAUGGUUCCAUCAGCACAUGGGAUGUAGAGACUCGCCAGCUGCUCCGGCAAAUCACUACAGCCCAGUCUGUUAUCCUGGGCAUGAAGCUCAGCAGUGACGAGAAGUACCUCGUGGUUGCCACAACAAACAACACCUUGCUGAUCUAUGACAACAUCAAUUCCUGCCUCCUGUCGGAGGUGGAAAUCAAAGGGACCAAGCAUGGAAGUGGCUCCACCUACAUCAAUGGAUUUACACUCUCUGUCAACCACGCCCUUGCAUGGCUGGAGGCCAGCAAAGAUGUCACUGUCAUUGAUCUGCUUUAUGGGUGGCCCCUUUACCAGUUCCACUGCUGGUAUGAAGUGACCUGUGUCCAGUGCUCUCUGGACGGACUAUAUGCUUUCUGCGGCCAGUACCUGAACAAUACCACCAUUUUCCACUUAGGCAGUGGAGAAAAGUUAUGUACAGUGACAUCAGAAUUUUCAGGUGGUUUUGUAAAGUUUCUUCUCAUCUUGGACACGGCUCAAGAAAUGGUCAUGGUAGACAGUGAGGGAAGCCUCUCUGUUUGGAAUACAGAGGACAUUUCUAACCCCCAGCUGACUGAAGACUUUGACUGCCGAAAGGAAGACAGCGAGGUGGUGAGCUUUGAACUGUCAGAGGACCAAAGUGCAAUUCUGAUCUGCAAAGCUCUCAGCAUUGAGCUCUUAGACACUGGCAUGUGGAAGGUGGCGGAGAAGUUCCGAGCCAGGCACAACGAACGAUUUAUAUCCGCCGUGCUAUCCAAAAAUGGAGACUGCAUCAUCGCGACGAUGGAGAAGACCCCCGCAGUGUUCUUCUGGAGAAGGGACACAGGACAGUGCAUGGCGAGCUUGCCGGAAGUCUCAGGCACCAUAGUUAAGCUGGUGAAGUCUAGUCACCACAAUAUGCUGCUGUCUUUAUCUACCAGCGGUGUCCUUUCCAUCUGGGAUAUAGACAUAAUCACGGCUAUGUCCAACAUCGACAAAACUGGCAAGCCCAUCCAGAGCCUGGUGUUGCCCGCCAGAGGGGAAAUCAUUUACUCUCUGGAUGGCUCCGACUGUGUUCAUAAGUGGAACUUCAGCAGCGGGUUCAUUGAGGCGGUAUUUAAGCACGAAGGAACGGUGGAACACUGUGUGCUAACAUCUGCUGGAGACAUAAUGGUGACGUCAGAUGACAAAUGCAGCCAGUACGUCUGGCACACCAGCAGUGGGGAGAACCUCUUCCGGAUUAACGGGCAGAGAAUCUCUCAGCUGCUCAUCACGCACAAUGACCAGUUUGUGGUCUCGCUCUGCGAGGAAAACGCCUCCAGGGUUUGGAGACUGGCCACAGGCCACAGGGUCUGCAACAUCCUGACCGCGUUGCAAAACGCCUUCAUUACCUCCGCCAACACCUUCGUGGUGGGAACGACGAAAAGCAAAGUGCUGGCGGUCAGCCUCUGGACUGGGAGCAUCACGAAGAAAUAUUGCUGCGAGGACGGCGUCACCAUCGUGAAUUUUAAGCUGAUCCCCGACUGCCCUGAUGUCAUCGUGUUCAUCACAUCAGCUGAGACCGUGAACAUCUGGAGUCUGACCGAUGAGGUCAUCUGUCGACGUGUGCAGCUUCCAAGCAACUUUCUGAAAAACCUGGAGGAUUUUGAAAUCUCUCCCAACGGGAAGCUAGGCAUUAUAUCCCGGGGAGAUGAGAACAUCAAUGUGCUGGAUUUACACAGCGGGAAACUACGGGUGGUUCAUGCCUCCGGAGCCAUCUGGAGACAGAGGCUCUCUCGAGAUGGUCGCUACCUGGUAUAUAUUUGUUUCCGGAAUGGGGAGGAGGAGGAGGAAAAUGAUGCAACAUCAAGCUUAAUUGUAAUGAGGUUGGCUGAUGGCAAAAACAUCGGUGCUUGUUCCCUUUACAAAACGCCAACUUUUCUUGCGCUUUCUCAGAGACACCUGAACAUCAUAGUCGGCUUUGACGACGGGAGUAUAGGAAUAUACACAGUUGUGGACCGUGUAGACGCCGCACUGAAAAUCAAGAUCGCCACGUCCAAUAGCAGACAGAUCUUCAACAGUGCAACACAGAUGUCCAGGCCCAAGUCCAAUAGUUACUCCUUUAAAGUGUCCGUGGACUGCUUCUGGCGAGAGUCCACCGAGGUCUUUGCAAGAGACAGCCCCAUCACCGUGAGUGACUCCUCUGAGUCCAAUGAGGCAGCGCUCUCCAAGAAACAUAACUCUUGUUAUGACCGGGCGUGUGCUGUCCUAGAGUCCCGGAGCCACAGCCACACGCCAGAUAACUGACAAAGUUCACCUGCUUGCCACGCACAGCAACAGAAGAAAGCCAGGCGCGUCUUCUGCAUCGCAAACGAAAAGCUGCUCACUUCUUAAAAGCAGGGAAGAUGCUAAAACGCUGUCUACUAACAUCCUCACGAAAGGACAAAACAUGAGACUCAACCUGGGUGCCAUCUUUUUGUCCAAAUGUAUUAGAAAAAUAGAGAACUUCCAGAAGCGGUAGUGAAAUGGUCAUUUCACCUAGAAGAGAGAGAGAGGAUAAAAUUGUUUAAAUUUGCUGUAUGAUAAGAAUCAGCACAAUUCACUACAUUGAGUCAGAUGAGAGAGGCUAGAGUUGUAGGUAGACCAGUUGGACUAGAUUCUAGUUGGAUUAGAAUUAGUUCUGUGGAAGUCAGUUGGAAUCAUGAUGGCCGAGAACUGUUUGACUCCGAGAGGGGUUGUGACAACAAAAUGCAGCCUUAAUAUCUCUUCUUGAUCCUGACAACUGUGUAAACACAAAUGGGUUAACAGUGCAAAAUUGUGUAAGAAAGAUGUCCAGAUGUGUUCCAGUUUUCCAAGACAGCGCUUAACUGUGUGGGAUGGUGAACAGACGGGGAUGAGAACUACCUGCCACUCUUAUAGGGCUACUGAACACGGAAAGUCCGUCCUCAUUAAACCACACUCACAGCGACUGCUGUAAGGGUUUCUGUGCAAUGGAAUAUAUGAUUUUAAACUGUUUCUUUCUUGGAUUGCAAAAGAACCCACCUAACAGAAAACCAGUCUUUUCACACCGUUUCUUGAGACACACAUUUGUGCUGAGUGUAAAGAAUUACAGAAAGGGCAUUACACGUUUGAUCAACACGCCUGUCUGUCUCUUUCAUCAUACUGAUAAGAGUCUGUACUCUUCAGUCAGUUGUUGGGAAGCCUAAGAUUUCCCAGGCCCCUGCUGUAGCUCAAUAGAAACCAAGCUUUUUAAACACACCAUCUCUGAAAUACUGAUGACAUUGCCUUACUCUCAUUCCUCCUCUCUCCUGUGUAAAAUGCAGAUAAACGACCAAAUACUCUGGGACAAUCGGAAUUUGCCUGUCUCUGUGCUAAAAGAUUCCAUGGACCUUAAGGGUGUCCAAAGAUUCUUCUCAUCCCUGUUUGUAACUGCUUCUAGCCUCCACACACCGUGUGUAUGCUUCCUUAUCUGUUCCUCUUCCAACCUGAGGACUUUCCCAGUCUUAGCCGUUUCAACGCAGAAAUUAUGAAAUGGUAUUUUUGUAAUGACUUCAUUGAUUUGAAGGAAAAAAAUAUCUCAGAAGGUGAAAGUGAUUUUCCUCCUUCAGAAUCCUUCACGUGACAUGUCCUAAAAGACCUUCCAGGGGGUCAGUAGUGGUUGUUGGUUUGAUUGUCUUUGAAAGGGGAACUUACUUACAACAGUGAACAAGGAACUGGCUUAUUUUCUCCCUGGCUCCGCUUCAAACUCAUCACGACCCUAUAGCCUGUCAUUUAGCCUCGCAGUGUAGUUGUGUUUGUGAACUGUAAAAUAAAGGAGCCAAUGGGUUCUGCUGAAGCCUGUAAACCUGGUGGGGAUGCCAGGGUGUAACGUGACAAAAAAACAUUACACGGUGACAUCUCAGCUGAUGACACAAUGAGAAAGAAGAAAAGGAUCUAAGCCCACAGCGGAUCCAAGUCAACCGUGUUCUACUGGUGAAAGCACUCAACAUGCAAGCAUUUGAGAGAGUCACUCCGGUACCACCCUCCUCCACGGUGAAGCACUCUUCAGCGUGUUUCUCCUAGUUUAGCUACCAGGCAGUAGAUGGGAGCCCAGGGCGGGCUAAGAUCCAUAUUCUCAAGACCUGGAGUCCGUCCUUUUAGCUCUUCAGCCAACACAUUCUUCUUCCUGUCAUUCUCAGUUGAACCUCCAUGCCACACAUUUCUAAGAAUUAAAUGCCUAGAUGGAUUAAACGUAGUGUGUGAGUGUCCUGUGUAAAAGCCAAUAGAGUAUAACAAGUGACUUGAAUGACUUUCCUAACAUGUUUGCAACUGAUAGCCCAUAUUGAACGUUUUUAUGUAAACUUUGUAUUGUUGGGAUGAAUUACCCAAUCAGAGAUUUAUAUUUUCAUAAAUGUUACAUUUAGUUAAAUUUUGUUACAGAGUUGUUACACUAGAAAAUUAUUUCAGUGUUCAAACAAUAUACAGUCUUGUGUAUGUAUCGUUUGUAUGAAUAAAAGAUGAGCUACUUAAA